AUGGAAUCGAGGAUCAAUCCACCUAGGAAAAUCCAAAAUCGCCGAUGGACAAACACCAAGGGUCCUCUGUUCGAUGGCUUCAAGCCCGGAAAAGUUGUCGCAGUAGCGCCAGCACGGAGGGAGGGUGUCCCUAUCCUCAUGCAAGCCGAGGUGAGAAGCAGCGUCGUAGGCUGGAGAGGUGAUUGA